UAUCCUCGGACCUGUCACUUUCACCCGAACGUCCACCGUCUUUUUUGCUCUCGCCAUCGUACAGCACGAUGAACAAGCAGAAUGGUGUCGUUCAGCAGAUCAAAAAGGUGCCGACGCCCAUUGCGCUCGCUAUUGGUAUUUUUGUGGGCAUGAUAUUUGCUAGAUUAUUUCCAUGGACAGGCUCCUCCACUCCAGUAUGGAGAAGCAGCUAUGUACCUGCAAAAUCGCGCCAGAAUACCCGGCAGCCAAUACAGCAACCGACGCCCGACCAGCGUUUACGGGUGCUCGACCUCCUGACGACGCUGACCCCCCAUUAUACCAGAGAGUGUACACGAAGUGCUCAACCACUCUACUCCCAGCAGGCCAUAGAGCGCUAUGCUCCUCUCAUGGGCUACAAAAGUCUUUCACGGAAAUCCUGGUUCGAUACCUUUGGCUUCACGGAUGCUGCCGAGCAGCCUUUCCAGGGCGCAGGUUCACGGCGCGAUGUCAUGGGCAGCGACCACAAAUAUUUCUUCGCCAUCAAUCUCUACAAUUCCUUCGAUGUCAUACCAGACCUCUUCGCCGCGCUAUUUCGCGUUUCCGCCAUUUUGGGUUACCACAACGUGUUCGUUUCUAUCUACGAAAACGGCUCUACGGACCAGACCAAAGCUCUGCUACGGAUAUUCGAUGCCCUUACCCGCAGUGUUGGAAUGCGUAUCACCAUCCGAACUUCAAUGCGUACUAGAGGCGCAUUCAAUCAUAGGAUAGAGUAUCUUGCCGAGGUACGGAAUGCCGCGUUCGUGCCUCUCCACGAGUUACGUGACGCUGAGAACGAGUACUUCGACACUAUCAUAUUCAUGAACGACGUUCUGCCUUGUGUUGAUGAUCUGCUCGAGCUCAUCUGGCAGAGUCGGAACAACAACGCUGGUAUCACUUGCGCGGCCGAUUACAUGUACCACGAGGAUAUUGGCGCCCCUGUUUUCUAUGACAACUGGGUCGCUCGAGAUAUUAACGGUACCGCCCUGGAGAACGCGCCCUUCGAGCAGAUAUUCCACCAUCCCCUUUCAUCACAGCGCUUCCAGAGACAUUUACCGGUCCAGGUGCAGUCGUGUUGGAAUGGUAUCGCCAUAUUGGAUCCCGCCCCGUUCUACUCCCCUCCUCACGUCAGGUUCAGGAUGGCCAAGAUCAUGGACGGCGAAUGCAGUGCCUCAGAGUGCAGUCUCAUUUGCAACGAUUACUGGGAAUCGGGAUACGGUCGGAUAUUGAUGGUUCCAAGAGUCAAGUUGGCAUAUGAUAGCAAAGUUUUCGACAUCAUUCAUCCGCAGAGGCGGAAUCUCACUGCUAUUCGUGGGUAUGUGCGGCUAGGAGGACUCCCCGACAACCCUCGCACAGAUCCCCAGGACCGCUCGUGGUUCGGCCCGCACGAUCGAUUGUUCACGGAAGAGGAGAGUGAGCCUUUGAUAUUUGUUCCUGGACCGGAUUAUGGUAUUAUCCAGCUUUUGGCAAUUACUGCGCACUGUUCUGACGGUGUUAAUUUUGUAGUUUGGUGUUGGGGAUGGGAUGGCGCUGGAGACUUGGAAGGGCCAGAUGUGGAUCCUAUAUGGGAACAGAUGUCGAACAAGUCGAGGCAAGAGAAUGCCAUUACUGUGAGGCACGAUCGAAGUAUGUCGCUGUAAGCAACAUGUAUCUUUUGCUGCCAGGGUUUUAUAUAUUAGAUAUCUCGGGGGGGACACUUGAUGGUUACUGGACGUCGUGUCGUUUUCGACUUUUUGGAUUUUCUGGAGCAAUUUCUGGAAAUUGGGCAGAAUCCGAGCGCCUCUCUUUGCAUGCACUUUACUAAACUUUAUUUACGGUCACAGAUGUGCUUCAUGGAAUAGCAGUACUAACAAGAAGCAAUAUAAAUAUCUCUUCAAUAAUAAUGAAAAUUUUUAGGCGGAU